AAUGGAAGGAACAGUGUGAAAUUGUACCUUCCUUUCUGAACCAGGCACCACAGGUGGAGGUCCAGGAGAACUGACUUUGGUAAGAAUUCUCACCCUUUAUGGGCUUCUGCCAGCUUUCCCGGGAUCCCAUCAGCAGGCUCUAAAGCAAGUGGGGUGUCCCAGCAGGUGUCAUCCUGGUCACCAGAAACUGUAGAGGAGGAAGAAAAAUUUUCCCUCUACUCUUAUUGUAAGUGUUGGCUGGGAUCCCUUUUUCUCUAGGGCACCUCAUAAGUGGAUAAACUGUGGCUACUGUAGUACAAGAUUAUCUUUGGUAAGGUUAGCCUACUUGUUCACCCUUAAAACAAAAUUUCAUUCACCUGAGACCUCACACAGGACCAGCCCAGUUUAAGUCCAACCCAGUCUGACCCCGGACCCAGGCUGACUCCAACCAGUUUCUGGACCCAGUCUGGAAAAAGAAAUGCUCAACUGAAGUCUGACAGUUCAUACUGCAAAAGCUGUGGAGCUAGGGUGGGAGAGAGACUUACCUACACCUCCAGAGGCAGCUAGAAACCAGCGAGCCAAUGGGCUCAGCAGAUACCUACCUCUGGCUGCUCGGGGUCUCCUUCCUUUGUUCCCUCUUCUGACACCAGAACUGUUAAAAGACAAACUGAGGCAUAUUAAAAAUUUUAAGAGUUUAUUUGAACAAAAAUGGAUUCAAACCGGGCAGUGUCAAACUGGAAGGUGUUAGGAGCGCUCCACCAACGGGAGCUCAGGGAGAGGCUUUUAUAGAGAGAAGGCAGAAGCGAAGCAAGGAAGUCAUUAAUGGGCCACAGCUUAAUUCCUGACUGGCUGUUUGUGAUUGGUCACCCUUUGGUUUCCAUUUCAUAACCCUGUUUCGAUUUUGGUUUGCUGACAUAGGCCAACUUGGCAUUAGAGCCACCUUAGUGUGACGGCCUCCAGGUUUAAUCAACAACAGUUACCCAAAGGAUUUUCUACUUGGUUUACUCCGAUGCUUGCUUUUGGGUGGAGGGAGGGCCCAGGAUGAUGUCAAAUUACAGUCUUUCCUCCUCCCCUCAGGAAGUAAAGUCCACUGGCAGGAGUGCCUAAAUUGGCUCUAACCCUGGGCUCUCACAAUGCUUGCUUGUUUUCACAGGGCAGAAGAAUGAAACGCCUUAGAAAAAGAGCAACAUUCUGGAAAAUUGUAUAGUUUCUUUUUCUUCCCAGAUUGCCUCAAGUCUGUGGAGGAUUCCCUUGCUACACACCACAUCAAAGGGAUCUUCCGCAUUUAAAACAAACGAAGCAUCAUGCUGAAGAGGGAGGGGAAGGUCCGACCCUACAUGAAAACCCUGGAUGGAGGUUGGGGAUGGAUGGUUGUGUUUCAUUUCUUCCUGGUAAAUGUAUUCGUGAUGGGGAUGACCAAGACUUUUGCAAUUUUCUUUGUGGUUUUUCAAGAAGAGUUUGAAGGCACCUCAGAGCAAACUGGUUGGAUUGGAUCCAUCAUGUCAUCACUUCGUUUUUCUGCAGGUCCCCUAGUUGCUGUUAUUUGUGACAUAAUUGGAGAGAAAACUGCCUCCAUUCUUGGGGCUUUCCUUGUUACUGGUGGAUAUCUGAUCAGCAGCUGGGCUACAAGCAUUCCCUUUCUUUGUGUGACUAUGGGAUUUUUACCUGGUUUGGGUUCUGCUUUCUUGUACCAAGUCGCUGCUGUGGUCACUACCAAAUACUUCAAAAAACGAUUAGCUCUUUCUACAGCUAUUGCCCGUUCAGGGAUGGGACUGACAUUUCUGUUAGCGCCUUUUACAAAAGUCCUGAUAGAUCUAUAUGACUGGACAGGUGCCCUUAUAUUAUUUGGAGCAAUCACAUUGCAUUUGGUGCCUUCUAGUAUGCUCUUGAGACCCAUCCAUAUCAAAAGCGAGAGCAAUUCCGAUAUUAAAGAUAAAAGUAGCAGUUUGUCUGCAAGUGGUCCAGAGGCAGCGUGUGGGACAGAAACAUCAUGCUGCAAUGAGAUACAAGAGUCUGCCAUCAGGGACAAUACUAUGCAGGAUGGACAACCUGGUAUAAGUUUAACAGUCUCACAAAAUCAAAAUGAAGAGUUCAACAAUGAACCCAACAGGAACAGACUCUUCCGAAAAACUCAUGAAGAAAGUUAUGGGGAAAAGGCUAUUUUGUGGAGCUGCAAACAAAAACUCUUUGAUUUUUCUCUUCUUAAGAAUCCUUUUUUCUACAUAUUUACGUGGUCUUUUCUCCUCAGUCAGUUGGCAUAUUUCAUCCCUACCUUUCACCUGGUAGCCAGAGCCAAAACACUGGGGAUUAAUAUCAUGGAUGCCUCCUACCUCGUUUCCGUAGCUGGUAUCAUUGAGACAGUCAGUCAGAUUAUCUCCGGAUGGGUUGCUGAUCAAAACUGGAUCAAGAAGUAUCAUUACCACAAGUCUUACCUCAUCCUCUGCGGCAUCACUAACCUGCUUGCUCCUUUUGCCACCACAUUUCCACUACUUAUGACCUAUACCAUCUUCUUUGCCAUUUUCUCCGGUGGUUACCUGGCAUUGAUACUUCCUGUACUGGUUGAUCUGUCUGGGAAUUCUAUGGUACACAGGUUCUUGGGGCUUGCCAGUUUCUUUGCUGGGACGGCUGUCCUUUCUGGACCACCUUUAGCAGGCUGGUUAUAUGAUUAUACCCAGACAUACACCGGCUCCUUCUACUUCUCCGGCAUAUGCUAUCUCCUCUCUUCAGUUUCCCUUUUCUUUGUACCAUUGGCUGAGAGAUGGAAAAACAGUCUGACCAGAAAGAGAGAGGACUGCAAUCAAGUGAGAGCUUAACAAAACAAAGUCUAAACUAAAAGUCACUGGAAACAAAAGCAUGGAAGAAAAGUACCCGCAUUUGUAAACUAAGAAGGUGAACCACAUAAUUUUUUAAGGUUCCUUUUUGCUUUAGCACUCUGAAGAAUGUCUAACUGGUGGGAAGAAAAGAGUAAUAGCAACUUAAAUUAAACUCUUUGUUAGUAUUUAAUCAAAUAGGCUAAAAUUUUAAUCAGUUGAAGCAGUUACUUUAGAUAUUAAAUGAAAAUCAGAAUGUACUGUAAUAAUAAAUUAACCAAACUCUCAGUUGUGCCAUGGUAAUUCAGUUGCAAAAAUAUGUAAAGACAGAAAACCAUUUUCCUUCAUAUAAAGCAGUAUUAAACAGAGCCAUUGAACUCUGAAAUCUGAAUGAACAUUGAAACAUUGUUUAGUGACUGGAAGAGUAUACAACCCCCAAAUAGUUUAUCUUUGCUUCUUAACUAGAGAUAAUCUUUGUUUUCUUUUCAUUAUUUUGUUUCUUAAAUUUUCUAUAAUAAACAUGUAUUGCUAUGUAAUAAAAAAUAAAUAAGAACUGCUAAAAAAAGAAAAAACCCCACAAACAACAAACCUUUAUUGCAAGAUCAUUUGAAUAGUAUGAUCAUCCAAACAACGUGCUACAUCAAAGCACAAAGCUCAUCCAAACAAUGUUACUUUUUCACUAUAUCUAAUUAUCUGAAAGGUUCAAGCUAAAUAUCUAGACAUAUCUUUAGAACAAGUUUUAUAUGAAAGUUGAAUAGGUGGCUCUUAACAGGAGAUAAACCAAAAGAUGUUUCUUAAAUAUGGAAUAAUUAUGUUAACUAAUUAAUGUCACUUAGACUAAGCAACUACAUGGGGAUAGAGAGCUCUUCAUUAUCUGGGUGAUUUUAAAAGGAAAAAAAGACCACCCUAGAGUUCUCUGCAAUACCAACCUCCUCUAGAAUCUCCUUCAGAAUGGUCCUCAAGACUAUUAUUACUAUUAUUAUUCCAUCUUUCCAUUCCUCUCUGCUUUGAAAUAUCUAUUAAUUCCCUAUAGAGAAAAAUCCUUAACUGAAAGCCUGGUUUUAGCUCCAAAAUGCCACACCCUCUCACUCUCUACGUGUGCCUUUGUACAAGCUGUGCCACCAGUUACAAUCCCAAUGGCUUGCCAUUCUCCACCAGGCACGGUCUCACUUAUCCUUCACAAUCUGACGCACCAAAAGCCUCUGGAAAACCUCCCCCAGCGUUUUCAUUCUCUCCUCUGUAAUCUCAUCUAACUUUUAACAGAGCACUAUAUGAGCUGACAUGUCAAUCUUUUCCAUCAGUCUGCAAGAUCAACAAGAUGGAUGUAUUUCCCAAGGGCCAGCACCAAUUCUGGAACCAAAUUAAUCUGGGUUCAAAUCUGGGUUAUCUUAAAAACUGUAGUUGGUCCCAUUUAAAAUGUAUAGGUUUUACACUUAAAUGUAAAUGUCUAACAUUCUUUUUACAUUUCAGAUGUAAGACAAUAUGAAUAGAGGAGAAACAGUACCCCCUCACACAAACAGCAAAAAUAAUAAUAAAUUCAAGCUCUGCUACUUGUUACUAUGUAACCUCGUGAAAGUUAGCCUCUCUGAGUCCCAAUUUCCUCCUCUGUAAAAUGAGGAUACCACCAAGCUACCUCACAGCUGUACUAUGAGUAUUAAAUGAAAACAUACUUGUACCAAGCAAAAUACCCUUCAUACACAGUAGCUGAUAAUUUCCUUUCUUCUUCUUUCUACAUCAAAGCACAAGAUUAAGAAAAUCAAUGAUUUACUAGGAACCACUCUCAUCCGUCCCCCCUUCCCUCUUGAGCAAUAACUGUUCUCAAAAGACUUUAACUACCUAGGGCAACUAGAUUCUUUCCUCCUAUGAAAGCAAACUAUACAUUUUAAGCAGAACCAACUACAGGGAGUUCCCUGGUGGCCUAGUGCUUAGCAUUGAGGGCUUUCACUGCCAUGGCCUGGGUUCAAUCCUUGGUUGGGGAACUGAGAUCCCGCAAGCUGCGCGGCCAAAAAAAAAAAAAAAAAAAUAACCCACAAAACAGUAAAAGUAGAACCAACUAAAGAACUCCAAGUUGAAUUCUGAUUUACAUAGGCAUUAUGACUCUUACACAACAGAGCAGUUCUUCAUCCUACUCCAUGCUAAUAGCCCCUCUAAACUUGGGCGGUGUGAAUCAAGAAAGACUGACUCCCUAGACUACAGGAAGCUAAAGACUUCAUAACUAAUGUAUUCACUAUAUUAACAAUUAACUUUAAAUGUUCCUAUUCAUUUACUCCUGCCCUUGAACAAUAGUAUAAGAUGUUAACACAUUUCUAAGUAACCAUAAUCUAGAAAUACUAUCUCGGACAGAUACAGGGUUUCAAGAAAAGCAAGAGUACACUGAUUUUCUAUCUCCUUCCCCCUCAAGAUAUCCCAUGGGACAAAGAGGAAACAAACAGGCUUAGCAUGUGUUUGGAGAAGUAGGCUGGUGAAGAACUUUAUUUCAACAUCUAAUACAUACUAGUCACUGAGGCAGACACAUUUUAUAUUUAAUCUUAAUUUAAUAUUCACAAACUUUAGAAGAAAAUACUAUGAUGACUAUUUUACACAUGAAUAAACUUAAGGUCAAAGUAAUUAAACACCCAGUAAGUAGAGGAGUCAUAACUCAAACACAAACUGACAGAAAACCCUACACUUUCCCCUUCAGACAACCCUGGCUUCUUGGCAGUGUCACAAGAUUACGAAGCUAAUUUAAUUGUAAGCAGUUAUCUUAUAAUAAAUUCGUUCUAACUCAAAUUGGCAAAAACUUUUAAUAUCUAGAUUGAAAUGAAAAAGAGGAUGCAAAAUACCUAAGAACCAAAACAAACAAACAAAUUAAAGCCACAAAACACAUCUGCUACAAUGCAAUAAGAAUGUAGUUGUUAAAGAUAAUGAACUUUUUUAGGUCUUCCAAUAUUCACCAACCCUGACCAAAGAAGGUAAUGCCUAAGUAUGUGCCACUUAUAAUUCCUCAAUACUAAAAUAUUAGCUGAAAUGUUUAUAAAGUAUUAUCUAUAAAUACACAUAUUUAGUAGAGCCAUGAUAAUUUGAACAUAAAAGUUCAGUAAUACUUUCUUCACAGUUACUCGCUGAGAUAUUUAAAACUAUUAAGAGACCAUUUCUUGCUGCUCUAACUCUAAGAAAAUGUCAUACCACCACUGGAAAAGGAAUUUUCUAUAUACGUUGUUCAUGAAAUACUAUUUCUGAUACUAAAACUCUACCCACACGGAGCAACUAAGCCCGUGUGCCACAACUACUGAGCCCGCGCACCACAAUUACUGAAGCCUG